AUGUUUUUAAGUAAUAUAGUGUUUGUUAUUGGCACAUUAUUGAUAACUUCAUCAGGAAAACUUCUAUUAGAAAACGAAUCUGAAAAUUUGCUCUAUAAAAGUUUAAGCGAUAUUUUGCCUAAAUUUGAGGCUGCCGACUACGCUCUGACAAAUGUUGAUCUCACAGGCCAAUCUAUACCAAAGGUUUCAAUUAAUUUUAAUGUUGACAUCAAGAUUUUCAUUAAAGAUUGUCCAAAAAUUGCAUUGUUUGACAUAAGAGACUCGGAAAACUCGAAUACGAUAUUAAAUUAUUUUGAAAAAAUAAAUUGUGGAACUUCAACGAUAAUCGUUAUAAUAACUAAUCAUAGCAAUUCUCAGUAUAAAAGUUUAGAUGAUUAUAUUUUCUAUAUUUUAGAAGAAAAAUUGGACUUUAAACAGUUGGGACAAGUUUCCUCGCCAAAAACCGACACCAUCAGAAUUAUGUACAGAAAUUUACCACCGUUUGCAAAUCCCCAAACAUCCAACGGAUUAGACGAAAUUAUUUUAAGAUUAAUCCUCAAACGUUUAAAGUUAAAAAACACCAUUGAAUUUGAAAAUGAAUUAACUCCCAUAGGUAAAAAUGCUUCGACAGGCAACUACACUAACGUACCUCUUUUACUUCUGCAAUAUGGUUUAGUAGAUGUGGUAGCAGGAGGAUUUCAUCCGAGUGAAAAUGACAUGUUUAAAGAUUUUCAAUACUCCAUAGUUUAUGCUACGGAUACUUUGAAUUUGAUAGCUCCAAAAUCAAAAGUUAAAUCCAUAGGAAAAAGAGUUAUGCACAUAUAUUCAUGGAAGCUUAGCAUUACUUCAGCAGUUGUUUUUCUACUUGUAGUAUUUUUUAUUGAGCAUUUUUACAAAACUCCAUCAGUAUUUAUAAUUAUUAUGUGGUUUUAUCAAAUGUUAUUAGAUGGAGCAGUUAAUAAUAUUCAGAAAAAGUGUACUUUUCUUUUACCAAUGAGCUUUAUUCUAAUGGCUAAUCUCAUAAGUGCUACUGCCUUCAAAAAUACAUUAACUCUUAUCUAUUUUAGUAAAGAAUAUGAACCUGAAAUUCAUUCAUAUGAAGAUAUAACACAAAGUGGCUUGAAUAUUUAUGUUAGACAUUUGACAGCAAUUAAAGAUUAUAAAGAGCUGACUGAAAAGUUAGACAUUUGCCAGGAUCUUUCUGAAUGCCUGCAACGCAUCGCAUAUCAGAGGGAUUGUUUAUUGUUAUAUCAAAAAAUCCCAGUUUUAUAUAGCAUCCCACGAUAUUAUACUGAUAAUCAGACAAGAGAACCUUUACUGUACGUAGGGACGAGCUUUCAACAAGUGCCAUAUCAAAUAUACUUCAGAUUAAACUUGCCUGCUUUCAAAGAGAUUAAUAGAUUAUUGAUUCACAUAUAUGAAGCUGGUAUUAUAGUGGCAGAGACUGAAUGGAAAAUUUUUCUUUAUAGAUGGAGAUUAAGUCUCGGCCAGAAAAUUAGUAGCCGAGUGCUGAACAUGAUUCAAUUGGAGUUUGUGUUUGUUUUUUGGUUAGUUGGUAUAAUAUUGGCAACUUUAACAUUAUGUGGGGAAGUGUAUAUUUAUAAUCAUUUUAGGAAUUGA